AUUUCGUUGCGACGUCCCGCCGCCGCGGUCGACCGCAACUGCCCGCCGCAAUGCACUGAUAUCAGUGUUUUCAAAUCGACGCAUUUUCGUUGACACGUCUCGACCUGUCGGCUAGGCGUUCAGCCGUCGACGGCUGCGCCUUGACUGCUACAAGGAGCAGUCCAGACGCGGCCGCCGAUCAUUUUGGUUUCAAAAAUGUCCCGAAAAAGAGAAUUGGCUUCUGCAGAUGAGAUUUUAAUACGCACGGUGGAGCAAUAUCCGUGCUUGUAUGAUCACGAGCACAAAGACUUUAAAGAUUUUCAGAUCCGUGAAAAUUGUUGGAAUGACAUCGCUUCAGCGUUAGGAAAACGUCCUGAUGAAUGCAAAUCUCGAUGGAAAAACAUUCGAGAUAACUUUCUUAAACACAAAAGGAAGCAAAAGAUAGGAACAGGGAGUGCAGCAUCAGCGAAACCGCCGAAAUGGGCGUUAAUUUUAGAACCAUCAGUAAUGUCAAUGAAGCUGCCACCGGCAUUGAGGAAAAUAUAGAUAGGGAACUUAGUGAAGAAGAGGUGGACACUUCUCUCGAUGUGGAUAAUGCACUAGUUGAUGAUGACCUGUCUUCACCGCCACCUUCCGAUUAUCCGAGGCAGGAGAAAAAACUGCGUCAGAAUGCCAUCGACAAAUCACGUUCUAGUACCCCAGACAGCUAUGCAGGUUCAACUUCUUCAAAACGAAGCCAACGCAAAAAUCUCUUUUUGGAGAAUGUUGAAGAAAGAUCCAAACAAAGGAUGCAAAUGUUGUCUGCUUUAACCCAAAAACCCGAAGAUGAUGAGAUUGAUUUAUUUUUCAAAAGUAUAGCGAUGACUGUUAAAAAAUUGCCUCCUCAUCAAAUAGCGAAAGCUAAACUGGGAAUUUUGACAUUAGUUACCGAAUUACAGGCGUCACCGGAAUUACAUACGAACGAACCAACACGUACCUGUACUUCAAGAUCACAACAGAAUUUAUUAGCGCCUUUAACGUCGGUUUCAACUGUUUCCAGCACUCCAAGUUCUCAGGAAAAUGUAGUAUUAACACCAUUAACGUCCGUAUCUGUAUAUAAUUCAUCUGAUAUGCAGUACAGUUUGGAAAAUAUUAGAUACGGCUGGACUAACCAGUAACGUUUAUUUUUCAUGUUCAUUGUUUAAGCGUUUGGAGUUUCUUAAUAAUAUAAAGUCUUUAAAACUUUGUUUUUUCUUACCUUAACGCCAAUGCCAACUUUUCUUCCGGAGAUAUAGGGUCGUGAACGG